AUGUCCCGACCCCCAGCAGAUAGACUUUUCAGUGAUGUUGCUGAUAUCAUCAACCUCCACCCUCGAGACGAGCCUUGGUGUGCUGGAUACGCCACCCCAUACGGACGUCGAUGCCACCAACGUAUCCCCGCUUCGGAUUGUACCGCUGCCUGUAGUCUCCUUGACCGGGCCACUGAGGAGUUCCAUAUCCGAAACUCCGUAUAUCAAUUCCUUCGGGAUUUGGCACCACUCGUCCUUUGCAAAAGUAGCCAUCAGAAUCAAGCACCCGAUCUAAUUGGCACCUGGGGCAGGCAGAUACAACACUUCCAGACCGAUGUCAGGGCGUUGCUGGAUUCACUAAUGUGGGAAGAGGAAAAUAGCACAGAUCUGCUGCAGAUGAUGGGGCGGACAGCUGCCGCUGUCAAAGACAUUCACUCUCAGCUUGCUCAACUGAGGGCCUCAACGGUGAGGCUAAGCACUAUUGGCACCCGGUUGACGAGUACCAGGAGAGCUACAAAUGCUGCCGUCCAGCGGGGAACGGAAGGAUACUCGUCCACACGGGUUGGUAAUACCUUACACACACUUGAGUCGCCAGCAAUGAGAGCUGAACCUAGAAGGAGCCAGCAUCCCGAUAUCACCGCAAUGCCAGGUCCAGGAAGACUUGGAUCCACGGGCUCUACAGGGUUUUCGGUAAUUCGUGGGCAGAUCGAAGGAGAGUGUGCCAUUUGCUUAAUGCUGUUAUCGGAGUCAGAACACUCGAACAACAAUAGUGAGGGCCCAAGCGGCGCCAAGGCUGGGAAUUAUAAGAGAAAUCAGACAAAGCAUUUGUUAGCCUCUAGCAGAUCCUGCCAAGGACCUGAUGAGUUACUUGUCUGGUGCAAGAAGCGAUGUGGUUCCAAUUUCCAUAAGUCUUGUAUGGACCAGUGGACAAACGCAUGCCAGAAGGAUGGCCGUCGAGCGAAUUGCCCUAUGUGCCGAUCAUCUUGGAAUACGUGA